AUGCCUAUGAAGCUCAAAUUGAACGUGCCCUACUUGAUCCGUGCGCCUCGGGAGAACACCUACCUGACUGCAGAUACAUCUGGCAGCUACCAAGGAACAUUUUUUGGUUACAUGUAUUAUGCUCGCAAAAGUUCUGCCAGCAAGUUCAUGUUUCGAAAGGUCGGGGCCCGGAAUGACACGGGUGAUAUUACUGACGGCGCGGAGGUCGAGCUGACUCUAUGUGAUGAUACUGGUAAGGGUGUUGGUGUGGUGGAGCGCUUUGGCGGCGAUUCCACAACCCUGAUGGUUAGCAAGUUUGGCGUGGAAGAAGACUUGGCUACGACCCAGAACUCAAAGCUGGAAUACAUCAAAGGAUAA